AUGUUCCCGCCGAUGCGACAAUCUGCCGGCCGACAACUGCAGAUCCCGUAUGAGCUGCCCAGGCCGCCUGCUUUCCCGCGCGUUUCGUUGGACGACCUCGAGCUGGACGAGGAUUUGGCAGACUCGAAGGCGCCGCUCGAGUUCGUGCUAUCCGUUAUGCGCAACAUGGCGGCAGACCUCUUGCAAGCUAGCGAGUCCUGCGAAAUCCUCGACGAACCGCCCAUCGUCGACGAAGCCACGCAAACCUCCUUCUUCCGCUGCAAACCUCCGCCCGCUCAUCUUCCCACACCGACCCAUAUCCUCGAACUCGACUUCUCCGACACCGGCGAACGAUAUACGACGCCCGUACACGGCCUUCUUUGGGCCUGCCAGUCUCCCAAACUCUCCCAUCUCAGCCGCCGACAAGAUCCUCCCUCUUCCGUUGCCUCGACAGAUAACUCUCUCUUCCUCCCCCGCGUCUCGCUGAGCAUACCCUGUCGACGCGCAUGGCCCUUCCUCCAUCGCUAUCUCUACGACGGCUCCUCAGCGCACCUCCUCGACUCUCUCCUCGCACAACCCCCUUCUCGCGCUUCGACUGCCCAAGCCAACGCGCACGAGCAGCACCUCGCGCGACUAGAACGGAUACGAGAAGUCUGGCUGAACGCGGUCAGCCUCGAGUUGAGCGACCGACAGCUGUGGGAGACGCUGCAGAGAGCGUGGGAUGUGGUUAUUGCUGGACUGGGGGAGGUUGCGCGGGCGAGACCUGCAGCGAUUGCGGUACCUAGCGAGGAUGAUGAAGAGACUUCCGGAAGACAAGGAGAGGAGGACCCUGCGGCAGACAAGACUGGAGCGGAGGCAGACGCAGGAGGCUGA